UAUGCAAGUCUACCCUCUGCGAAGGAAACUACGGAACGCAUGCGUUUUUCAAUCGCAAGUUGGCCUAAGGUUUUUGCACAACGGUACGCACACCGUGAAAGAAAACUUUUACUUCUUCAAGUCUGAUUGGCCCGGACUAAUUUGCCGCCAUCAUGGCGGACAGGAACUACUUUGGAGGGCCAAACAUGAGCGAAGAAAAGCUGCAGGAAAAAGCUCGAAAAUGGCAACAGCUGCAAUCAAAGAGGUAUGCAGAGAAAAGAAAGUUUGGAUUUGUGGAGGCACAGAAGGAGGAUAUGCCUCCAGAACAUGUGAGAAAAAUCAUCAGAGAUCAUGGAGACAUGACAAGCCGAAAAUACAGACAUGAUAAGCGAGUGUAUCUUGGUGCCCUGAAAUACAUGCCGCAUGCUGUGUUAAAGCUGCUGGAGAACAUGCCAAUGCCUUGGGAGCAGAUUCGUGAUGUCAGAGUCUUGUAUCACAUUACUGGUGCUAUAACAUUUGUGGACGAGAUUCCUUGGGUAGUGGAGCCCAUCUAUCUUGCACAGUGGGGGACAAUGUGGAUUCAGAUGAGACGAGAAAAGAGAGAUCGGCGCCAUUUCAAACGAAUGCGUUUCCCGCCAUUUGACGACGAAGAGCCUCCAUUGGAUUAUGCUGAUAACAUCCUGGAUGUUGAGCCUCUUGAAGCGAUUCAGUUGGACCUCGAUCGGGAUGAAGACUCGCCUGUAUGCGAAUGGUUUUACGACCAUAAACCACUCAUCGAUAGCGGGAUGAUCAAUGGCGAGACAUACAGAAAGUGGAACUUAACCCUUCCCAUUCUGUCAACAUUGUAUCGCCUUGGAAACCAGUUGCUGACUGAUCUUGUCGACGACAAUUAUUUCUACCUGUUCGACUUGAAGUCAUUUUUCACAGCCAAAGCCCUAAACAUUGCCAUCCCUGGCGGGCCUAAAUUUGAGCCUCUUGUCCGUGAUCAAAACACUCUUGAUGAGGACUGGAACGAGUUCAACGACAUCAACAAAAUCAUCAUAAGGCAGCCAGUCAGAACUGAAUACAGAAUUGCCUUUCCAUACCUGUACAACAACUUUACGCAGCAUGUCCAUCUGUCUUGGUAUCACACUCCCUCGGUGGUUUUCAUCAAGACAGAAGACCCCGAUUUGCCCGCGUUCUAUUUCGAUCCUCUCAUCAAUCCGAUAUCACAUCGUCACAGCAUUAAGGUGAGCGAGCCACAACCUGAUGAUGAUGAUGACUUUGAACUGCCCGAUGAGUUUCAGCCAUUUAUGCAGGAUUAUCCACUGUACACUGACAACACUGCCAAUGGAAUCGCAUUGUUAUGGGCACCGCGACCAUUUAAUCUGAGAUCAGGACUAGCAAGGAGGGCACUUGAUAUACCGCUGGUCAAGUCAUGGUACCAGGAGCAUUGUCCUGCAGGGAUGCCGGUGAAGGUGCGAGUCUCGUACCAAAAGCUUCUCAAGUACUUUGUUUUGAAUGCACUUCAUCACCGUCCUCCGAAAGCAAUGAACAAAAGAUACUUGUUCCGCUCCUUCAAAGCAACGAAGUUCUUCCAGAGCACCAAGCUAGACUGGGUCGAGGCUGGCCUGCAAGUCUGUCGUCAAGGCUACAACAUGCUAAAUCUGUUGAUUCACAGAAAGAACCUGAACUACCUCCACUUGGACUACAACUUCAAUUUGAAGCCAGUGAAAACGCUGACGACAAAAGAGCGUAAGAAGUCGCGUUUUGGAAACGCCUUCCAUCUUUGCCGUGAGAUUCUUCGUUUGACCAAGCUUGUGGUCGACUCACAUGUUCAGUACCGACUCGGAAAUGUCGAUGCUUUCCAGCUUGCCGACGGCAUUCAGUACGUCUUCGCCCACGUGGGUCAACUGACUGGAAUGUACAGGUACAAAUACAAACUGAUGAAGCAGAUUCGGAUGUGCAAAGAUCUCAAGCAUGUAAUCUACCACCGAUUCAACACUGGACCAGUUGGCAAAGGUCCAGGCUGCGGUAUCUGGGCGCCAGGUUGGCGUGUCUGGUUGUUCUUCUUGCGUGGCAUUGUCCCACUUCUUGAGAGAUGGCUGGGCAAUUUGCUUGCCAGGCAGUUUGAGGGUCGCCACUCCAAGGGAGUUGCAAAGACAGUCACUAAGCAGCGAGUGGAGAGUCACUAUGAUCUGGAGCUCAGGGCAGCUGUCAUGCACGACAUUUUGGACAUGAUGCCUGAAGGAAUCAAGCAGAACAAAGCAAGGACCAUCCUGCAGCAUCUUAGCGAGGCAUGGAGAUGCUGGAAGGCAAACAUUCCUUGGAAGGUGCCAGGCCUGCCAAUCCCUGUCGAGAACAUGAUACUUCGAUAUGUGAAAGCGAAAGCUGAUUGGUGGACCAACACAGCCCAUUAUAACAGAGAGCGAAUCAGAAGGGGGGCCACCGUCGACAAAACCGUGUGCAAAAAGAAUCUUGGAAGGCUGACACGUCUUUACUUGAAGGCUGAGCAGGAGCGCCAGCAUAACUAUUUGAAGGACGGACCAUACAUUUCAGCAGAGGAAGCCGUGGCAAUAUACACAACCACAGUUCAUUGGCUUGAGAGCAGAAGAUUCUCGCCGAUCCCCUUCCCGCCAUUAUCAUACAAGCAUGACACCAAACUGCUCAUUCUUGCUUUGGAGAAACUGAAAGAAGCCUACAGUGUAAAGAGCCGUUUGAACCAGUCGCAAAGAGAAGAACUCGGCCUGAUUGAACAAGCCUACGACAAUCCCCACGAGGCCCUGUCUAGGAUCAAACGUCAUCUCCUGACGCAGCGUGCUUUCAAGGAGGUCGGCAUCGAAUUCAUGGACUUGUACAGCCAUCUCGUUCCCGUUUAUGACGUCGAGCCAUUGGAGAAGAUCACCGAUGCAUACCUCGAUCAGUACCUUUGGUAUGAGGCUGAUAAAAGGAGGCUGUUUCCUCCAUGGAUUAAGCCAGCAGAUACGGAGCCUCCUCCACUACUUGUAUACAAAUGGUGCCAGGGCAUCAACAAUCUUCAAGACGUGUGGGAUUCCAGUGAGGGCGAAUGCAACGUAAUGAUGGAAGCGAAAUUCGACAAGUUGUACGAAAAGAUUGAUUUGACGCUGCUUAACAGACUUCUGCGGCUUAUAGUCGACCACAAUAUUGCUGAUUACAUGACUGCCAAAAACAACGUGGUCGUCAAUUACAAGGACAUGAACCACACCAAUUCCUAUGGUAUCAUCAGAGGCCUUCAGUUUGCCUCGUUCAUUGUUCAGUAUUAUGGCCUCGUGCUGGAUCUGCUAGUCCUUGGCCUACGCAGAGCAAGCGAGAUGGCUGGACCGCCCCAAAUGCCAAACGACUUCCUCACGUACCAGCGUGUUGACAUAGAAGCGUCUCAUCCAAUCAGAUUGUACUCCAGAUACAUCGAUCGCGUACACGUGUUUUUCAGAUUUACUGCAGAAGAGGCGCGGGACCUGAUCCAAAGAUACCUGACAGAACACCCGGAUCCAAACAACGAAAACAUAGUCGGCUACAACAACAAGAAAUGCUGGCCCAGGGAUGCAAGGAUGCGCCUUAUGAAGCAUGACGUCAACCUUGGCCGCGCUGUAUUCUGGGAUAUAAAGAACAGGCUGCCAAGGUCAAUCACAACCUUGAAGUGGGAAGACAGUUUUGUGUCGGUUUACAGCAAGGACAACCCUAACCUGCUCUUCAAUAUGGGCGGAUUCGAGUGCCGAAUUCUGCCCAAGAUCCGGAUGAUAAGAGAGGAAUUCACCUACCGGGAUGGCAUUUGGAACCUUCAAAAUGAGGUUACGAAAGAAAGAACUGCUCAGUGUUUUCUUCGGGUAGACGAUGAAUCAAUGUCGAAGUUUCAUAACAGAGUUAGACAGAUUCUCAUGGCCUCCGGUUCAACAACAUUUACGAAGAUUGUCAACAAAUGGAACACUGCCCUAAUCGGCCUAAUGACUUACUAUAGAGAGGCAGUCGUCAACACUCAGGAAUUGCUCGACCUACUCGUCAAAUGCGAAAACAAGAUCCAAACGCGUAUAAAGAUUGGUUUGAAUUCCAAAAUGCCUAGCCGUUUCCCGCCAGUUGUUUUCUACACACCCAAAGAACUUGGCGGUCUAGGUAUGCUUUCAAUGGGCCACGUUCUCAUUCCACAGUCUGAUUUAAGGUGGUCAAAGCAAACCGACGCGGGAAUCACCCAUUUCCGGUCAGGAAUGAGUCACGACGAAGACCAGCUGAUUCCAAACUUGUACAGAUACGUGCAGCCCUGGGAAAGCGAGUUCAUCGACUCACAAAGAGUCUGGGCCGAGUAUGCGCUCAAGCGACAGGAAGCGAAUGCGCAAAACAGGCGACUCACAUUAGAAGAUCUAGAAGACUCUUGGGAUAGGGGUAUUCCCCGAAUCAACACGCUCUUCCAGAAGGACAGGCACACCUUGGCCUACGACAAAGGAUGGAGGGUCCGAACCGACUUCAAGCAGUACCAGGUGCUAAAACAGAACCCAUUCUGGUGGACCCAUCAGAGGCACGACGGAAAACUGUGGAAUUUGAACAACUACCGCACAGAUAUGAUCCAAGCAUUAGGGGGCGUAGAGGGAAUCUUGGAACACACCUUGUUCAAAGGGACAUACUUCCCAACCUGGGAAGGUCUAUUUUGGGAGAAAGCAAGUGGCUUUGAGGAGUCGAUGAAAUACAAAAAGUUGACAAAUGCCCAAAGAUCAGGUCUGAAUCAAAUCCCAAACAGAAGAUUCACUUUGUGGUGGUCGCCUACUAUCAACAGAGCCAACGUCUACGUCGGUUUCCAAGUGCAGCUUGAUUUGACUGGAAUAUUUAUGCAUGGCAAAAUCCCGACGCUGAAAAUCUCAUUGAUUCAGAUAUUCCGUGCUCAUUUGUGGCAGAAGGUUCACGAGAGCGUUGUCAUGGAUCUCUGUCAGGUCUUUGAUCAAGAACUCGAUGCUUUGGAAAUCGAGACAGUUCAGAAAGAGACAAUUCAUCCCCGAAAGUCGUACAAAAUGAACAGCUCCUGCGCAGAUAUUUUGCUCUUUGCUGCGUACAAAUGGAACGUGUCAAAACCUUCGCUUCUCGCCGAUUCAAAGGACACAAUGGAUAACACAACCACUCAGAAAUAUUGGGUCGAUGUUCAGCUUCGAUGGGGUGACUACGAUUCCCAUGACAUCGAGAGAUACUCACGUGCUAAAUUCCUGGAUUACACCACCGACAAUAUGAGCAUUUAUCCAUCACCGACUGGAGUUCUCAUUGCUAUAGAUCUUGCCUACAAUCUACACAGUGCGUUUGGCAAUUGGAUUCCUGGCAUGAAGCCACUGAUCCAGCAGGCAAUGGCCAAGAUAAUGAAGGCGAAUCCUGCCUUGUAUGUGCUGAGGGAGCGCAUCAGAAAGGCGCUUCAACUGUACAGCAGUGAACCGACUGAGCCAUAUCUCUCGUCACAGAAUUACGGAGAGUUGUUCUCGAAUCAGAUCAUCUGGUUUGUGGACGAUACCAACGUCUACAGGGUGACAAUUCAUAAAACUUUUGAAGGCAACUUAACAACGAAGCCGAUCAAUGGUGGUAUCUUCAUUUUCAACCCAAGAACUGGUCAGUUGUUUUUGAAAAUCAUUCACACCUCAGUCUGGGCCGGACAGAAGCGUCUCGGACAGCUUGCCAAAUGGAAAACCGCUGAAGAAGUUGCAGCUUUGAUUCGGUCGUUGCCAGUUGAGGAACAGCCAAAACAGAUUAUUGUCACAAGGAAAGGAAUGUUGGAUCCUCUCGAGGUUCAUCUGCUCGAUUUCCCCAACAUCGUCAUCAAAGGCAGCGAGUUGCAGCUUCCCUUCCAAGCAUGCCUCAAGGUCGAGAAACUGGGCGACUUGAUUCUCAAAGCAACUGAGCCGCAGAUGGUCUUAUUUAACCUCUACGAUGAUUGGCUGAAAACCAUUUCUUCAUACACUGCCUUCUCGCGUCUCAUUCUCAUACUGAGGGCACUUCACGUCAACACUGACCGCACCAAAGUCAUCCUGAAGCCUGAUAAAACGACGAUCACGGAGGCGCAUCAUAUCUGGCCGACCCUUACUGAUGAUGAGUGGGUGAGAGUUGAGGUUGCCCUGAAGGAUCUCAUUCUUGCUGAUUACGGCAAAAAGAACAAUGUCAAUGUCGCUUCGCUGACCCAGUCAGAAAUCAGAGACAUCAUCCUUGGUAUGGAAAUAUCUGCUCCCUCGCAGCAACGUCAGCAAAUUGCCGAAAUCGAAAAGCAAGCCAAGGACCAGUCGCAGCUGACAGCAACAACAACCCGCACAACGAACAUUCACGGCGAUGAGAUCAUCGUUUCGACGACAAGCAGUUACGAGAGAGCGACGUUUGCGUCGAAAACGGAGUGGCGAAUCAGAGCUAUAUCGGCAACCAAUUUGCAUUUGCGAACAAAUCAUAUCUAUGUGUCAUCAGACGAUAUCAAGGAGACUGGCUUCACCUAUAUUUUGCCGAAGAACAUCUUGAAGAAGUUUAUUGUAAUAUCAGAUCUGAGAACACAGAUCGCUGGCUACUUGUACGGCGUCAGCCCUCCUGACAAUCCGCAAGUGAAAGAGAUUCGCUGCAUUUCAUUGGUGCCUCAGUGGGGCACGCAUCAAACGGUGCACUUACCGAAUCAGCUGCCACAACAUGAUUACCUCAAGGAAAUGGAGCCCCUUGGCUGGGUGCAUACUCAACCAAACGAGCUGCCACAGCUGUCCCCGCAAGACGUGACUACACAUGCCAAAAUAAUGGCUGACAACCCAGCUUGGGAUGGUGAAAAGACAAUUAUAAUCACUUGCAGCUUCACCCCAGGCUCAUGUUCCUUGACGGCUUACAAACUGACUCCAUCUGGAUACGAAUGGGGCCGCAACAACAAAGAUACGGGCAACAACCCACGUGGCUACUUGCCGUCUCAUUACGAGAAGGUGCAAAUGCUUCUGUCCGACCGCUUCCUCGGCUUUUUCAUGGUGCCUGCCCAGGGAUCCUGGAACUUCAAUUUCAUGGGCGUACGUCACUCCGCAAACAUGCGUUACGAACUUCAACUGGCCAACCCCAAAGAGUUCUACCACGAGGUGCAUCGACCUUCGCAUUUCCUGAAUUUCAGCAACUUAGAAGAUGUUGAACAGGUCACCGAUCGCGAAGAUGCAUUUGCCUGAAGACAGUAAAGACGCCUUUCCCUUGAGGCUUCUGGAAAAUAAAAUCAACUGAAAAAGAUGAACGUGUUAUAAGCAGCAAAGUUGUUUAUUGUCGGUUGAGGUAUUACCAAAUAAACCAAACAGGUCCCCUGCUCAUGAUAGUCAUUAUCCCAAUCCUUCAAUCGAUAAGAGGAAGUAAAUCAUUUGAAACUUUUUUUCAAUUUUCCACUCUUCAGUCACCAUGAGCGGACUGUAUAUAAAUCAAACGAUACCUCUGCUUUUCAAAUUAACAAAACAAGCCAUAUUUAUAACUCGAAGUUGAAUCUUCGCUGAACUGUGUCGCUUAUAAGUACUACAGUCAAUUUUGACAAUAUAAAUCCUAUUAUUUAUGUAAUAUGCAUUGUACGUCUUACCAAACGCCCAGAAGGUUUUUACAUGACAUAAAAUCGACUUUGGUUUAUUUGCCUCCUCAUUAUAAUAGUUAUGUAGUCUCGUGGUUUUUAGCUUAACCGGCAGCAUAAAAUACCAAAGACGACCUUUUUCGUCAGUAUGUAUAUUAAAAAACCUAGUUGCUUAAACGUUUUGGUGACAGUAGAUGUUUCAAGAUAUGACUUAUUUUUACUUCACUUGGAAUCUUCUGAGAACCAUGCAAUCCCCAGUCCCUCCCGACAAUUUUUUUGUGAGGCCUUGGACAUAUGAUUAAUAUUGACCACGUAACGAUGCCGCUAGAAAUUUUGAUAUCAACAACAGUUCUACGACAGGGCAACCGAAAAUUGAAAUAUGCCCAAUUGUAUUAGAAAUUUGACUGGGUAAUUAAAAAAAUAUUGAAGAAAGCAAAGCAUUUUACUUUCUACUAGGCCUAUUGUUUUCUUACCUCUUGCUUGUCAGUUGGCCUGUUGCUACGUAGAUUUAGUUACUGAAAUGAACGAAAAAUGACCUGAAAAAAUAGACUGUACAACUAUUGCAGUUACAAGGGUUAUUAUGUUAACUUUUUAUCAUGAUAAUAUAAUAUGAUGUCUUUGUAUAAUUUAA